AUGUCUAAGUGGAGAUGCUUCAUCCACAUCAGCUUUUUGUUGACCAUUCUCCUGGAACUUAUAUACCAGGGUCCUUCUGGGCCCUCCUCAUCAAGCACAAAACUGUUGAUGAAAAGCUAUUCCAUGCAUUCUACCAUGGUUUCCCACUAUGCCCAUAGCUUGGUCACUCUGUUCAGGCCCCAUGCUGAGGCCCAUGAAGCCAUCUUGGACCUGGAUCUGCCUCACUUUGCUUUUAUCUCCAAUUUUACCAUGACCAUCAACAAUAAAGUCUACAUUGCAGAAGUCAAAAAGAAGGACCAGGCAAAGAAAAUCUAUGAAGAAGCCUAUCAGCAAGGAAAAAUAGCUGCUCAUGUAGGCAUCAGGGAGAAAGACAGUUUUAAAAGUAGGUAAAUACUCACUGUGGGCGAGGGACUUAGUAGAAGUCUGAAAAGUUCUGCUGUGGCCAGAGAGGGGGCAGGCAAAACUAGAUCAUCUAACAGCUCCCCUCACCUUCAUGAGAUCCAUUCUCUGGACCAGUACCAGCUGGUGGUGAGCUUGAGCCCUGGCCAAUUGGUGAAAAGGCUGAGUGCAGAGGUUACAGUGCUGGAAAAGACAAGCAUUGGAUAUGUUCAUGUACCACCUCUGAGGACAACUUGCUUGUGCACCAACACCCAUGCAGGUGAGGCUGACUUGCCCCCAUCCACUAUGAUUGAGAGGGGAGAGACCUGUGUCCGAAUUACCUUUUGUCCAUCACUGCAAGACCAGUCUGCCUUCCCCAGUUCAGGGAUCAUGGCCAACUUUGUGGUCCAGUAUGAUGUAGCAUUGAAGGACAUCAUAGGAGACGUGCACAUUUACAACGGCUAUCUUAUUUGAAUUGCACCCAGAGGCCUUCCACCUGUUGGUAAAAAUGUGGGGUUUGUUUUCGACGUGAGUGGCUCCAUGUGUGGUACCAGGAUGAAGCAGACUAAAAAGGCAAUGAAUGUUAUCCUUGGUAACCUGUGGGCCAGUGACUACUUCAACAUCAUCUCCUUUUCUUACACAGUUAGUGUCUGGAAAGCUGGAGGCUCCAUCCAGGCCACCGUCCAGUAUGUCCACAGCACUAAGGACUACCUGGGCCAUAUGGAAGAUGCUGGUUAGACUGACAUCAACAUGGCUCUGCUGGCAGCUGCUGCAGUGCUAAAGCAUAGCAACCAGGAGCUUGGGAGGAGCCCCAUUGUGGGGGAGGAUCCCUCUCAUCUUCUUCCUGACAGAUGGGAGCCCACAGCUGGAGUGACAACUUCCAGUGUGAUCCUCUCUAACAUCCGUCAGGCACUGGGCAACAAAGUGGCCCUUUUCAGCUUGGCCUUUGGGAAUGAUGCUGACUUCCCACUGCUGUGUUGUUUGUCCCUAGAGAACUGAGGAGCAGCCUGGCACAUAUAUGAAGAUACCAGUGCAGCCCCUACAGCCAGAGGCCUCUAUGAAGAGAUUUCCAUGUCUCUGCUGGCAGAUGUGCAUCUGGACUACCUGGGUGGCUUGACUGGGGCCUCUCCUUGGGCCCUUUUCCCCAACUACUUUGGUGGUUCAGGGCCUGUAGUGGCAGGCCAAGUGCAGCCAGGCAAGAAGGAACUACACAUCCACCUGAAAGCCCAUGGGCCCAAGGGUCAGCUUCUGGCCUGCCACAGCGAAGUGGCCACCAACAGCAGCCAAAAGGUCUUUGGUUUCCCAGAAGAGCCAGCCCCCAAUGUAGCCCACUUCAUACACUGCCUUUGGGCCUACAUCACCAUUAGAGAGCUACUGGAGGCAUGCUUCCACGCUUGUGAUGCCAGCACUCACCACAUGCUGGCUGCCAAAGUCCUCAGUCUGUCCCUUUAACAAAAUUUUGUCACACCUCUGACUUUACUGGUCGUGGCACAGCCCAAAGAAGCCAGUGAGAAAGCCAGGAAACAGACUUCUACCACAGAUGGACCAGGCACCAUCAUGCUUAGUCAUGGCCUAGGGGCAGGCACAACCCAACACCUAGUGCCCUUUGUUUCUCCCAAAUAAAGGCUUGUGAAAUCAAAGUUCUACUUAUCCUCAACUACUCUUGUCUCUACAAAGAAGAUACCCAGUUCCAAAGAAUUAAGGCCACUGAGUCGGAGCCCUAGUACCCCAUACACCAUUGCAUACCCAAAGCCCCAAAUUCCAGGAUAACAGGAUUCUGGAACCUUGGCUCAGCCAAAAUUUAGGACAAAACCUGCUGUCCUUGUGCUCUCAAAUUUUGGUGCCCUAUUGCUCCUGAAGUCCAGCACACCAUUACAUCAGAACCUUGGUACUGUAUUAGCCAUGAAUUAGACACAAGUCCCACCUCUGAAUUCUAGCAUUCUAGCCCCUCCCCAAAGUGGCCCUAUGAAACAUGCUACUCUGCUGCAUUCCAAACCUGGUGCUCCAUUACAAACUAAAUGAGAUGCCUCAUCACUCCCACAACUGGGGUUACUUAUACCACAAUCAAAAAGCUUGUCGCAGCCCAGGCCUGAAUUCUCCACACAUCAGAUCCUCAUAUACCCACCACACACCACAGCAAGGGUUCUUGCUCCUAAGACCCCAAACAACAUGCCAUAUCCUAAACCUGGGAUCCUCUUACCUAAGACCCCUAAAAUUCCAUCACCUCUUAAACCUAGUGCCCCCACCUCACCAACCUUCCCUAGGUUUAGCACUUUCCAAUCUAGGACACCAACUCCUAAUAAACACAAAAUCCCAUUACCUUCCAGGCCUGCCAAGCUCAGGCCCCCACCUCCAGAGGCUUUGCAUACCCCAAGCACAGUCUCAAGUCCCACAAGUCCCAGCACUACCAUGACCAUUUCUGCCCUUGGAGAAUUCCUCACUACUCCCUUUCACCCCACCCUGCCCUCUCUGCUGCCCCUUGGAAGGCUCUGGCAUCAGCAUGACCUGUUGCCAGAGCCCCAAAGCACCACCUAUGUCUAUGAACAAGAGAGAAUUGCUUAUGCUUCACAAGCAGAGAAGGGAUGUGGCGUUAUAAAUGGGAGCAUCCCUGGGCAAGAGUGUGAAGGAUUUCUCCUAUUUCUUUUACAUUUGGCAUGGAAUCUUCAUUGGGACAGCAAUUCUGAAGAGAUCUGUGGAGGAGAUGGAGGCAGCAUGAAAUCUCAGGAAAGUUCUGCAGUACUAGCGAAAGGCAUGUUGCCAAGCAUCUUCACUUUCUCAUCCUUGAAUAAGCCGGGACCCUACUUUGUGAUCCACAUCCCACACUCAGAAGAGAAGAUCUUCUUCACACUGGAUAAGCAUCCAGGGGAACUGCUACAACUCAUAGAUGACCCAAAGGCAGGGGAGAGGCUGCAUGUGAGUAGACAGCUUCUUGGGGCACCAUCAAGGCCAGGGCACAAGGACCAGAUCUGUACCUACUUCCAGGUAGACCCCUGUAUACCCUGGGCCUACACUGUUUCCAUUACCCACAUUUCCAUAUCUGUGCAAGGUAAGGGUACCUUGCUUCUGUCCUGGGACCAGCCUGCACUACUGAAAAGGCCUUAUCUGGAGCUCCAGGUGACUGCUGCAGCAUGUGAAACCCUCUACAUUGGGCCUUACCUUGAAUUCCUAGGUCUCCAGCACCACUACCAGAACCCCAACAUCCUGCAACUACCACACCUGGGGUUCUAUGUGGUCAAUGGCUCAAGUCUCAGCCCCUUGGCCCAUGGCCUACUGGGACAGUUCCAGCAUGCAGACAUCAAGCUGGUGGCAGGGCUUAUGGGGCCAAAUCUGAGAAGGCACCAGGGCCCAGAUGUGCCUGUGGUCGUAGGCAAGAAGCUGCUGGAGGAUUCACCAAGACUGUUGCCCCACUGAGCUUCCUACUGGCUGGUGGAAUGCUCUCAUGUAUGGUGGUUUCUGGGCCAACCCUACAUUGCUUAUGUCCUGUGA